AUGGGCAGCUCGUACUCGAGAGUGAAACGAAUUCACGACCGAAGCAGAAGUACUGGCGACAUAGCGAAUCAACAAAGGUAUGUGGGAAGGCAAGGGUCGAACGAUUCCUCCCAGACCGAUGGAAAUUCGUUUAAUAAUCACAGCAAGCAUUUAUCGGUUGAACGACUAGAUGCUAAGACAAUUUCUUGUACAUUGAGGCGAAAUAGCAAACACUCGCAACCGAGUGGCGAAAUAUUACAAGACACGACCGUGCAUAAUAAAAAUGACUCAACUUCUGGGGGAAAUGCUGUAGUGGGGGACAAGCUGUGUCACUAUACAAGAGAUUCCACAAUUCCAGCGUAUUUUGAGAAGCAGUUUGGUACUCAUUCCUCCGACAAAAAUCAAGAAGUUUAUAUAGAAAAUAUUGAGGAUAAUAAUCAGAAUUUGGGGGAUGCUGUUUCGGUGUCCACACACAGACGAGAGCACCUGAGCACGUCUGAAGUGAUUUCUUUACGAACUGGCGAAGAAUUAGACCUAAUGACGGUCCACGAGUUGUACAAUUGCCUUAACGAUGGUACGGUAAAUGCUUAUAUAAUGGAUCCUUUCUAUAUCCUAAUCUUGGACAUCCGAAGUCGUGCCGAAUAUGACAUGUCGCAUAUUGUCACCGCCCAACCCUCCGAUGUCAUUUAUACGGAGCUGGUGUUGCUCUUCAACUAUGGCUACAUUGGUGGACGGACGAGUUUACGAGACUUCACGAUGGUCGUCAUCUAUGGCGAAGGCUCGUGCAAUAUGGACGACUCGUCAUGCCGAGAGCUCAAGCUCUAUCACGAACUACUAGAAUUCGGGAUCCAGCCUAGCAUACUGAAAGGUGGCUUCGAAGCAUUCAACAAACAGUAUCCAUUUCUAUGCUCGAGUAUUCACAUUACAAAUGAGCAAGAACGCAAGAAAUAUCUGCAGGCCUACCCAUCCGAAAUCGUCGAGGGCAAGCUCUACCAAGGCCGUGGGGACCAGGCAACAAACAAGACGGUUGUUAAGAAUUUAAAAGUUACCCACAUUGUUAAUGUUUGCACCGAGCAUCGGAAUGCAUUUCCAGAGGAGAUUACUUACCUCAGCAUUGAUGUCGAAGACCUGAAUUCGUCUUGCUUGAAGCUGUACUUUCGAAGGUGUUGUGACUUUAUUAGGAACGCUUUCGACGAGGAUGGCUGUGUCUUGGUUCAUUGUAACCUGGGCAUGAGUCGUAGUUCGACAAUGUCCCUGUGUUAUCUAAUGGAGUCUCGACAUUGGAGCUUGAAAGAAGCGUACGAUUUCAUGAAGUCCAAACGACAGGCAGUGAAGCCCAAUCGAUCGUUUCUUCGACAGCUUUGCCAGUUUGAGGAAGAGCUCUUGGGGAAGAAAGUCACAGAUGCUGACGACAUAUGGUUCUAG